CGCCUGGCUGGGCCCAGCGGAGCGGGAGGGACUGAGCCAAGGAGCAAGCGGAGCGGCCGUCGCCCGAGCCGAGCCGCGCCGCACAGCCCGCCCGCCCGCGCUCCAGUCCGCCGUGUUUAGCAGCGGGGCCCAGCAUGGUCAUGGCGGAUGGCCCGAGGCACUUGCAGCGCGGGCCGGUCCGGGUGGGGUUCUACGACAUCGAGGGCACGCUGGGCAAGGGCAACUUCGCCGUGGUGAAGCUGGGGCGGCACCGGAUCACCAAGACGGAGGUGGCAAUAAAAAUAAUAGACAAAUCUCAGCUGGAUGCAGUGAACCUUGAGAAAAUCUACCGAGAAGUACAGAUAAUGAAACUCUUAGACCACCCUCACAUAAUCAAGCUUUAUCAGGUAAUGGAGACCAAAAGUAUGCUGUACCUUGUGACAGAAUAUGCCAAAAAUGGAGAAAUUUUUGACUAUCUUGCUAAUCAUGGCCGGUUAAACGAGUGUGAGGCCAGGCGCAAAUUCUGGCAAAUCCUGUCAGCUGUUGAUUAUUGUCAUGAGCGGAAGGUCGUGCACCGUGACCUCAAGGCUGAAAAUCUCCUGCUGGAUAACAACAUGAAUAUCAAAAUAGCAGAUUUCGGUUUCGGAAAUUUCUUUAAAAGUGGCGAACUUCUGGCAACAUGGUGUGGCAGCCCCCCUUACGCAGCCCCUGAAGUCUUUGAAGGGCAGCAGUAUGAAGGGCCGCAGCUGGAUAUUUGGAGCAUGGGAGUUGUUCUUUACGUCCUUGUCUGUGGAGCGCUGCCUUUUGAUGGACCAACUCUUCCAAUUUUGAGGCAGAGGGUUUUGGAAGGAAGAUUCCGGAUUCCGUAUUUCAUGUCAGAAGAUUGUGAACACCUUAUUCGAAGGAUGUUGGUUCUAGACCCGUCCAAACGGCUAACCAUAGCUCAAAUCAAAGAGCAUAAGUGGAUGCUCGUAGAAGUUCCUGUACAGAGACCGGUUCUCUAUCCACAAGGACAAGAAAAUGAGCCUUCCAUCGGGGAGUUUAAUGAACAGGUUCUGCGACUGAUGCACAGCCUUGGAAUAGAUCAACAGAAAACCAUUGAGUCUUUAGAGAACAAGAGCUAUAACCACUUUGCUGCCAUUUAUUUCUUGUUGGUGGAGCGCCUGAAAUCACAUAGGAGCAGCUUUCCUGUGGAGCAGAGACUCGACGCCCGCCAGCGCAGGCCGAGCACCGUAGCUGAACAAACAGUUGCCAAGGCGCAGACGGUGGGGCUCCCGGUGACCAUGCAUUCCCCGAACGUGCGUGUGAUGCGCUCUGCCCUCCUCCCACAAGCGUCCAACGUGGAGGCCUUUUCAUUUUCAGCGGCCGGCUGCCAGGCAGAAGCGGCGUUUAUGGAGGAAGAGUGUGUGGACACUCCCAAGGUCAACGGCUGUCUGCUGGACCCGGUGCCUCCUGUCCUGGCGAGGAAAGGUUGCCAGUCCCUGCCCAGCAACAUGAUGGAGACCUCCAUCGAUGAAGGGCUGGAGACAGAAGGAGAGGCUGAGGAAGACCCCAGUCAAGCCUUUGAUGCCUUCCAGGCCACACGCAGUGGGCAGCGCCGGCACACGCUGUCCGAAGUGACCAACCAGCUGGUUGUGCUCCCUGGCUCAGGGAAAGUUUUCUCCAUGAGUGACAACCCCUCACUUGACAGUGUGGACUCUGAGUAUGAUAUGGGGUCUGUUCAGAGGGACCUGAACUUUCUGGAGGACAACCCUUCCCUCAAGGACAUCAUGCUAGCCAACCAGCCCUCACCCCGCAUGGCGUCUCCCUUCGUAAACCUGAGACCUGCCAACCCAGCCAUGCAGGCUCUGAGCGCCCAGAAGCGGGAGGCCCACAACAGGUCACCUGUGAGCUUCCGAGAAGGCCGCCGCGCGUCAGAUACCUCCCUCACCCAAGGCAUUGUAGCAUUUAGACAACAUCUUCAGAAUCUGGCGAGAACCAAAGGAAUCCUAGAGCUGAACAAAGUGCAGCUGCUCUACGAACAAAUAGGCCCAGAGGCCGACCCUAGCGUGGCGUCAGCUGCCUCGCAGCUCCAGGACCUCGCCAGCAGUUGCCCUCAGGAGGAAGUCUCUCAGCAGCAGAAGAGCGUGUCUGCUCUCCCCAACAGCGUGCACCCGCAGCUCUCCCAGCGGCAGAGCCUGGAAGCCCAGUACCUGCAGCACAGACUCCAGAAGCCCAGCCUCCUGUCAAAAGCCCAGAACACCUGUCAGCUUUACUGUAAAGAACCACCACGGAGCCUUGAACAGCAACUGCAGGAGCACAGACUCCAGCAGAAGCGACUCUUCCUCCAGAAACAGUCUCAACUGCAGGCAUAUUUUAAUCAGAUGCAGAUAGCGGAGAGCCAACAGCUGCCCCCCCAGGAGACGCCCCCCACAGCACAGCAGCCGCCGCCCUUCGGUCUGCCCCCGACCCUGAGCCCCGUCCUGGAGCCCACCUCGGAGCAGAUGCAGUUCAGCCCUUUCCUCCGCCAGUACCAGGAGAUGCAGCUGCAGCCCCUGCCCACCUCGCCCGGCCCCCGGGCGCCCCCUCUGCCCCCUCACCUGCAGCCGCCGCCGCCCCCGCCACCGCCGCCCCCGCCGCCAAGGCAGCCGGCUGCCCCCACACCCCUGCAGUUCCCUUACCAGACUUGCGAGCUGCCGGGCGCUGCCUCUCCCGAGCCAGACUAUUCCACUCCCUGUCAGUUUCCCAUGGAGGGGGCCCAGCCGGGCGCAGGGGCGGCGCCCGACUGCCCCCGGAGCUCAGGACUGCAGGAGGCCCCCUCCAGCUACGACCCUCUCACCCUGUCCGAGUUCCCUGGACUCUUUGAUUGUGAAAUGCUGGACGCUGUGGACCCGCAGCACAGUGGCUAUGUCCUGGUGAAUUAACCUCAGCCCAGAAAGGGAGGCAGGUCAAGGGAAGGAAGAAUGCAUUUCUGUUUCUGUUCCACCCUUACACAUUUGAAGCUUAUUUUCCUCCUGCCCUCUCACUCAUGGGGAAAAGUCAAGUCGCCCAACUGGAAUCAGCGGG